GCUCUAGUCCCGAUCUGGGCUAGCCGGGUACUGCGGGCGUGCGCUUGGGGCGAUCAAUCAACUUGCAUGAUAAUCACCGCCCAUGACAACAUGCUCUUUUGCUGUUCUGAGCUGCUUGCGACAUCGAUCGGCCUGUGAAUUAUUUGUGGUUUGCAGCUGGUAUUCUUUCAGUUCUUCUACCAAUAACCUUCACAUCUCAUCUUUCUCUCUCCCCCCACCCCCUAAGAAAAACCCUCCGGUCAGCGGCGAAUUUCUCUUCCAACCAAAGGUGCUAAUCUACCUGCAACAUGGAGAGAGGAAUGGGGCUCCCAUCAUCCCCUGUUGGAGCACCCGCCAGCAUGGACCACUUCCCCAAGUUCCUGGGACUGGCUGCCUCACCUGCAACGGCCUGCUGGUUAGGUGGAGAGCAGAUGCUAGUUGCCCGGUCUACAAGGCACAGUGCCUUAGCGAUUCCUUGUGAACUCUCAGGAGCUUCUCCCCAGCAACAAGAGCCAAUCCCAGGACUCGCACUGUACAACGCACUACCGGCAUGAUGCACCGGAACUGCGGAUUCUGCUGCAAA